GCUACUUUAUAUACACUCGCGUGUGGCUACUUUAUAUACACUCGCGUGUAGCUACUUAAUAUUCACCAUGUCAGAAGAGAAAGCAAUUAAAGUGAGUGGGAACUCACUUUUGGAGGAGAAAAAUUCGCCAAGGGAUUGUGACAUUGUGCGUAUAGGUACAGCCGAUAGUUUAACCAGUGAUACCGAUGUUAUGUUCGAUAAGAACAUACAGAGUCCACAACAGAGUGCUGCGAGUGACUCUGAUGACAGAAGAGAUGACCAAAGUCGGACAAAAAGUGUUAGACGCCUAUCCACCUUGUCACGAAUGUCUGAGUUAGUAAAUAUGUGCGGCCCGCCAGGUCCCAAUCGGUCAAGCUAUGAAACGCUGGAAGAUACAAUCCAAGGAUCGAAUGAGUCUGUCUCUGCCUGCGAAAAUGAAUCAACUAAGAAUACACGCACCACCACGCAUGACAGUAAAAUUGCUAAACAAGCAAUUUUCAUCACCAACACACAGUCGUCGAGCCAAGAAACCGAAAAUACAUCUGUAGUAUCACAUACAGGUAAUUUCUUCCAACGGAUGAGAUUAGUCUACGAAACAAAGCAGAUAACCGGGCGAGACUACAACAUAUUCAGCAGGUGGUUUCUCUUAGUGAGUGGUGUGGUGAAUGGGUUGGUAUUCGGUGGCAUGUGUAUGAUGGCGACGGAUGGGCGCAAGUACUGGGGCACUUUCAAGGACAAACGAUGCAUCAUCAUCAUGAGUACUCUGGGGGUUUUUCUUUUGCUUGCGUACACAUGUGGUCUGCUGGGCUACUGUCUUGCGCGCAGAGAUCAUCCACUUAUACGCGCUCGAGGGAACGUGUAUCUAAUCAUAGUCCUCCUAUCAGUCGUAUGCGCAGCACUCAAUACCUGGAUGACCUUGCAGAGAGGCUCAGGUAUCUUUGGAACACAAGUUGUAUGGUAUACAGUGAAUUCAACGAUACGAGUGGGAGCAGUCAUGACUUUCCUGGGAGCACAAGUGGUGAGACAGAGAUUAAUAUACCUCUUAUUUGUACUACAUGCAAUGGAUUCUAGCCCUCCCAGAUUUGUAAACGCCAAGACAUACGCCUGGGUGACGUUGUGGACCGCCAUUGUAUGCAUACCGGUUGCGGUGUUGCUAGCCAUAGAUGCUAAUCAGUACGAUAGGAUUGUAAGCAUCAUCGCCAGUUUAGGCUGGGUUAUUAUGUUGGUGAUUCUGGCCUAUUAUACAUAUCUCUGUAGGUCUGUAACGCAGGCCUUUAGUGAUUGGAGGACUAAUUUAUUCGUGGGCGUAGUGGUCACAGUUUCGGCGGUAGGUGUGUUCAUUGUGCAGAACACCAUUUUCACAUCAACCGAUGUCAAAGUCCAUGAAACGCGUCCUGACGGAGCGGUGUAUAGUGUACCCGAUGGAGUCAAUCUGAUCGAGUUGUACUUCCGAGGCUUCUUGACGUUCUGGGUUUUAUCUGUAUGUGUGCUACAGCUGUUCGCUGGGAUGGUUACAAUCGUCUUCUUCGACCUACAUCUCAGUCAUGAUCUGGACCCUAAAUAUGUAUACGAGAUGUCCAAGGAGAAAACGACACCCGAGGAUACCUAUGGACCUGAUAGAACGGCUGUGGGAGAUGUGCACUACAACAGUUUCACUAACAUCGGGAGUAGCAGUGCAGCCAAUGUUAGGAGGAGCAGUGCAACCAAUGCUAUGGGUAGCAGUGUAACCAAUGCUAGGGGUAGCAGUACGAACAAUUUUAGAGGUAGCAGUGCUACCAAUGUUAGGAGUGGUAGCACUCUGAAUGUAAGGGGGGAUUGAUUUUCAACAUGGUCACGCCAUCCACAAAGGUAUAAGCCUAUGCUUGUCUAGUUACGACAAAUCAAGUCACGACCUAGUAUUUUCGUUAAAAAUUGCUACCGGUGAAUGUUCGGGCAG